AUGUCGGCCACCGAGGGCUUCUUCUUCUACUACUCCAAUAUUGACUACAAUUCCCUCUUCGACCGCCUGAACCGCACCUCCGACGCCCUCGAGCAGUUCAAGGAGCCGCCGUCGAACCAUCUGCAGAUCCUGUUCACCACCACACAGAACCCGAAUAUGAGCCGCAUCACCAUCUUCGGCGACGAUUUUGGGCGGAACCCGAUUUUGAUUCUGUUUUUGGCCGUGGCUGCGUUUGGGCACUUGAUCGCCUACAUCAUCGUCCUCGUCUGCGCCCACUUGAUGUUGCAGACGCUGCAGAAGAAAUCGGGCCAAAUGUCGUUCCAAGCGCGCAUGUCCCACGAGGUGUUGGUGCAUGCCGUCUUCGCCGAAGCAUUCAUCCCGCUCACCUUUACGGUGCCGAUCUUGGCCAACUCGUUGCUCUGCUACUUCUACACGGACAGCCUGGAAUGGCAAGAGUUUCUGCCCGAAUACUUCAUCGGCGUCGUCCCACUUCUAACGCCAAUCAUCUCCAUCGUCUUCAUCAAGCCGUAUCGCAACGUGGCCCUCAACUUUUUCACCCUUGGCCGACGCGAGAAAAACCAAGCCGCCGCUCGCGACAAAACGGCGCAGGACCGCGAGGACGCCCAGGCGGCGCGCGACAUCAUGGAGAUGAAUUUGGCUGAG